GGACUAAGGAGUUCUCGUGGGAGUUCAGGAACUAGCUUCUAGACUCGCUCUUUUCCUCGACUCCCUAUCCUUCCUUGAUCGCUUUGCCGCUGCGCAAGGCACUUGUUUUGCGUGGAGGACUUGGUUGGAUCUGCACGGCUGGCGCUCACCACGGCAGCGUGCCGAGCCACAGCGCGCCAAGGCACGUUGCUCCAAGUCACCUUUCGACGAGGCGUCAUGGGAUCGGUGCUGGGUCGCAUCGAGGUAGAGACGCCGCAAUUUACGGUGGAAGCGAAGACGGAUCAAUAUGAGAUUCGACGGUAUCCGCCGCAGAUGGCGGCUGAAGUGACCUACGACGGCGACCACUUUCAGCGUGUCGGGUCGAGAAGCGGGUUCUUCGCCCUGGCAGGCUACAUAGGGGUGCUGGGUCCAGCUGAGAACAGGAAAGCUGUUCCUGGGGCAGAGGUGGCAAGGGGGGGGACGGGAGGGGACGAGCGGCAGAAAAUUGCAAUGACUGCACCGGUGAUCACAGAAACCCGUGUCGCUGAUGCUGCUGCUGCUGCCGCUGAUGGUGGUGGUGGGCCACAGAAAAUAGCCAUGACUGCUCCUGUGAUUACAGAAGUGGUAACAGCCACUGUGGCAGCAGCAGAAGCGGAGACAGCAGCCUCCGAAUCAACAGCUUCAAGCAAAACCACGAUGCAGUUUCUGUUACCAGCAUCCUUCACACCAGACAACACCCCCGUCCCCACCAACCCAGCAGUGAGAGUGCACCAGCUGCCUGCUCGCCUGAUUGGUGCUCUCACAUUCUCUGGCCUCACGACUGACUCGGUGCUGCAGCAGAGAUCGCAGGAGCUGAGGAGUGCGCUGGAGAAAGCCGGGUACGGCAUUGCAGGGCAGUAUGUGCUCGCUCGAUACAAUGACCCGUUCACCAUUCCGUGGUUUCGCACGAAUGAGAUCUUGUAUCCGCUGAAAAAGGAUAGUAGAAAGGAGAGCGGCUCAUGAGCAUGCAAGAGUGCACUGUCUUCCGCCCCGCCUCAUGGGUGCUCUCACAUUCUCAGGUCUCGCCACUCGGUGUUUUUUAGGCGCCUCAAAAAUAGACUCCUCAGGUCUCGCCACUCACUCGGUGUUGGGGCACAAGUUCCAGGAGCUGAAAAUGGCAUUGGAGAAAGCAGGGUACGGAAGUGCAGGGCAGUAUUUGCUGGCUCCAUACAACGAACCGUUCACGAUUCCGUGGUUCCGCAUGAGAUUAUGUAUGUGCUGAAAGAGGAUCGGAAAGAGAGUGGUUCCUGAACGCGCGAGUGACUGUCGGUUUUUUUUUUUUUUUUUUUGUUGGUUUUUUUGUUUUUUUGUAUUACCACAUUCUAUUCCUAUGUCAAAGAGGGCGCCUAUCCUA